AUGUCAUCUGAACUUGAAUUAUUGAGACAGCCUGAAAGUGCUAAACACAAGGUUAGAAUUGAGAAAUUGGAGAAAAAUAGUGCAGAUAUUUCAGCUGAAAAUGCUGAGCUUAAAGCUGAAUUAGCCAAAUUGAGACAUAAUUUCGAUUUCUCUAACCUCACUAGACCUCAACAGUCCCAACAUGUUAUUAAUAUGCAGAACUCAUGCUCUGUUAGAGAAGAAGAUAUAUCUUUGGUAACAGCUGUAUCACAGCCAGAUGCUAAGCCUGAGAAUCACUUAGCUUCGAAUGAUAUAUCUGAUCCUGUAAUAGACCAGUGUGUUAGUAUAAUUAAACAGCACAUAACUGAUAACUCAGACAUCAAGUCAAUGAACUGA